AUGGAGAACGGCGCGCAGGGCGAGGGCAAGGACCCCUCCAGCUUCCUCAGCGACAUCAUUGGCAAUCCCGUCGUUGUCAAGCUCAACUCGGGCGUCGUCUACAAGGGUGAACUCCAGUCGGUGGACGGCUACAUGAACAUUGCGUUGGAAAAAACACAGGAAUUUGUCAAUGGCGUCAAGCGAAGAGAGUAUGGCGACGCUUUUGUGCGCGGAAACAAUGUCAUGUAUAUUUCUGCGGACUCAUGA